GCUAAGUCACUGGGGUCUCGGUCAACCUAGCGGCACAACCUCCGGACCCGCCUCCAAAUGAGUGGCCGUUCUUCUUGAUUCAUUAGCACGUUGGUCAGUCUAGAGAAUCUUUACUAUUAUUGGAUAAAAGGUGUGUCGAUCAUUUACAUAGGCGGGCAGAAAGAAAGCGUAACUAGAAGUUGAAGCUCGUUGACUGUGCUGAUUGGAGAAACGUUUGUUUUCUUCAAGUCUGGUUGGUGUUAGAAACGUUUCCCCACCCAGAAAUAUGGCCACGUGACGAAUCAACUUUCACCCAGGAUAUUUAUCGCCUGACUUCCCCUUAGCAACCAAGUGGCGGUGCUUGGUUCCCCAGCAACCAAACGAAGCGUCUACUGCAAGGAGAGAGAGUCCUUAGGAAAGGGAAACCAGUGAAGAGGCUACCUGGUUGAUUUGUUUGUAAAGCUUUCUACUGCUUCUCCACAUCCUACCUCUGGCCUUCACCAAGGACACUAUCAUCAGGAACCGUAUGUGAAGGAGGAACCCAAUUUCUCAGCGAAGAUGAGCCGGCCAUAUGACUCGAUGGAGCCAAAAGUAAUGGACGAUGACAUGCUCAAAGCAGCUGUCGGGGAGCAAGGGCCCCAGGAAGAAGCUGGGCAGCUAGCCAAGCAGGAGGGCAUCCUCUUCAAAGAUGUCCUGUCCCUGCAGCUGGACUUCCAGAACAUCCUCCGCAUCGAUAACCUCUGGCAGUUUGAGAACCUGAAGAAGCUGCAACUGAACAACAACAUCAUCGAGCGCAUCGAAGGCCUGACGAACCUCAUACACCUCGUCUGGCUGGAUUUGUCCUUUAACAACAUCGAGGCCAUCGAAGGCCUGGAUACCCUGGUCAACCUGGAGGACCUGAGCUUGUCCAAUAACCGGAUCUCCAAGAUGGACUCUCUAGAUGCCCUGGUGAAGCUGCAGGUGCUGUCACUGGGCAACAACCAGAUUAGCAACAUGAUGAAUAUCAUCUACCUGCGCCGGUUCCCGUGCCUGCGAACACUCAGUCUCGCUGGGAAUCCCGUUUCUGAGGCAGAGGAGUACAAGAUGUUCAUCUAUGCCUAUCUUCCUGACCUCGUGUACCUGGACUUCCGGCGCGUUGAUGAGCAGAUGAGAGAGACGGCGAAGAUGAAACAUCAGUACAGCAUUGAUGAGCUGAAGCACCGAGAGGCACAGUUGCAGAUCAAGCUGGAGGAGGAGCAGGCCAAGCAGGAGAAGCUGGAGGAACACAAGAUGGCUUUUGUUGAGCACCUGAACGGCCCCUUCCUGUUUGACAGCAUGUAUUCCGAGGAUGUGGAGGGCAACAAGCUGUCCUACCUGCCUGGUGUUAGAGAGCUCCUUGAAGCUUACAAGGACAAGUUUGUCAUCAUCUGCCUGAACAUUUUCGAGUAUGGCCUGACUCAGCAAGAAAAACGGAAGGUAGAGUUAGACACUUUCAAUGAGUGCAUACAGGAGGCCAUCCAGGAAAACCAGGACCAGGGCAAGCUCAAGGUUGCCAAGUUUGAGGAAAAGCACUUGCUGAACUUAAAUGCCAUCCGGGAAGAGACUGAUCUGCCCAACAUCGAGAAGAAGCUGACGGAGUGCACUGAGAGCAUCAGUGAGCUGUUCAACACACUCAUGAUCCUGGAGAUGCAGCUGGUGGAACAGCUGGAGGAGACCAUAAACAUAUUUGAAAGAAAUAUCACUGACUUGGUGGGACUAUUUAUUGAAAAUGUCCAAAGUCUGAUUGCUCAGUGCCGGGACCUGGAGAACCAUCAUCAUGAGAAGCUCCUGGAGAUCGCCAUCAACACCCUGGAGAAGAUCCUCAAGGGCGAGAUGGACGAGGACUUACCCGAUGACGUGCGGGCGCUUUUUGUUGACAAAGACACAAUUGUUAAUGCUGUUGGGGCAUCACAUGACAUCCACCUCCUGAAGAUUGACAACCGAGAAGAUGAGCUGGUGACUGGAAUCAACUCUUGGUGUGCACAUCUAGUAGACAAGAUUCACAAAGAUGAGAUCAUGAGGAACCGUAAGCGAGUGAAGGAGAUCAAUCAAUUCGUCGACCACAUGCAGAGUGAACUGGACAACCUGGAAUGUGGAGACAUUAUAGACUAGGUGUCAGCCAUUGCCCCUGAGAGUUAUGGGAUUUCUUUCGUUCACCCCUCUCAACACUGUUGGUAAUAAUUCUCAAUAUAGAGAAAAUUAUAUAGAGAAAAGGUCUGGUGUCAGUAUUCUCUUAGAGGGAGAUCACGUAUGAGCAGAUCUUAAACCAUACACACACACACACACACACACACACACACACACACGUCUGGGUGGCUGGCAGUCGGCUAGAGGCGUGGUUAUGGCAGAACACUAGCCUCGUGCUCAUGCUCUUCUGCUGGCUGUGGCCGUCAUGAGCUGCAGGCAUUAUCUUUCCCAACUCUGGAUGCUGAGGACCAGGGAAGCAAGAAGCUGAAGCUCCCAUGCACCCAUGUGGAAGAUGAGUGGAAACACGCAUGUGCAUGCCUUCCCAUCACGGUAACAGACUCCACUCGCAAUCACCUUAUGGAGUUUAUCCUUGAUCUUAGUUGCAUAGGGUCCAGUCCAUGAUCAAUUGGUACCAUCAUGGCAGGCGCACACAGAGCAAAAUGACCCACUUCAUAGCCAAGAAAUGAGAUGAAGAGGAAGGAUUGGGGUGUGUGUGUCUCAGAAUCUCCUUUGAUAGCACAUCCACAAUGACCCAAAGAUCUUCCAUGAGGCUCUGCCACCUAAUAGCAAGACCCAGGGGCAUUGGCCUUUGACACACAGGCUUUUAGGGAUACAGGGUGACUUCUCCUGGGGAGUUUAUUUCUACUUUCCUCGGGUAGGACAACAGACCAGAGAAAUACUUCCAUCCAAGUCUAGCAUGAUGGCCAAUGGGCUUAAUUAGGACUACUUGCAGAACGUGAGCAAUCUGCAGGCAGAAUCUUGCCUUCCCUCUAGCAAUUGGUAACUGCUUAUGUACACCCUGGGGAGGGCAGCAGCCUUAAUGGCUCUUUUCUCUUCCCAUGAGGGAAUUGUUGUUGGGCCAGACGUGUGAGAAAGGAGCUUCAGUUGGGGAAAUGCCUCCAUGAGAUC